AUGGACUGCCUGUUCCGGGCUGGUCACGGAAAUCCACUGCGCGAAAAGGAUGAAUAUAAGCUGCAUCCUUUCCAUAUUGACCUCUCGUCGAGGGUACCGCGGAUGCUGGACCAAAUACAACAUACUGAACUUCCCAAGCAGCCUGUCUACGUCAACAAGGGCACUGCGCAGGGAAUCGGUCUAAGCGAACUGAAGUCGCUCCAAACGGAAUGGUUAACUCGGUUCGACUGGGAGCACGAACAAGACGAGCUGAAUAAAUUCAACCACUACACGGCCCAGAUCGAAGGUCUGGAAAUCCACUUCAUCCACCAAAAGAGCAAGGCUCCAGGUGCUCAAGCUAUCCCCCUCCUCCUCCUCCACGGCUGGCCCGGUUCAUUCCUCGAGUUCGUCCCAAUAAUCAACAACCUCACUGAGAAGGCCACCACAGCAGCGGGUAAAAAUGUCUCAUUCGACGUAAUCGUGCCGUCACUCCCAGGUUACGCUUUCUCGUCCGUACCACCAGUGGAAUGGACCGUGUCCGACACAGCCCGCGUGUUCGAUACCCUCCUAACAAAGGUCCUUGGGUACAAUACGUAUGCCGCCUUUGGAACAGAUUGGGGUGGUGGUAUCGCGUACACCAUGUACAACCAGUUCAGCACAACUCUCCGCGCGGCGCAUCUAACCUUCUUGCCAUUUUUACCCUUGACUGCCAAACAGCUCGCUGUGGAGAAUAUCACUCUUUCGCCGCUGGAGGAAUUCGAGCUGGCCAUCACAGAAGAGUGGAGCAGCUCCGGGUCGGGGUAUUGGGUUGAGCAGGCUACAAAGCCCAAUACAAUCGGCCUCGCACUCCACGACAAUCCCGUGGGACAGCUCGCAUGGAUUGGAGAGAAGUUCCUCAACUGGUCCGACCCCAACGCUGGCCACGCCCCAUCUGUCCUAACCAACAACGAAAUCCUCCGCAGCGUCUCCCUCUACUACCUAACAGAAACGUUCGCCUCUUCCGUGCUCAUCUACGCACAGAACCCGAAUGCCCCCUACACAGUCUACACGAAGGCUAACACAAACGCGCCACUGUUAUUCAGUGCGUUCAAGUACAAUGUCGCGUUCUGGCCGCCGGCCAUGGUUGCGAAGGUGGGCAAUCUGGUGCGGUAUCAGAGUAGGUCUUUUGUUUUUGUCUAUCUCUGA